UUAAGCAGUCGGAGGAGCAGGGGGAUAUGGGAGGAGCGAGCGCUUGAGCUCCAGGUGGUCGCGCAGACUGCGUAAAAACGCACGACAAACUAUUACGAAACGAAUCGCGAUCGUCACCCAGCUCCUGGCACGUCUAUGAAUGAGCCGCUAACGGAGAAAGCGGUCUCGAUUCUCGGCUAGAGAAACCACCGAAAGAGUUCAAAGGCUAGGGUGAUGCGUCGCUGAAAGAGUUAUCAAGAAAAGACGGACAAAGCGACGCAGGACAGUGCGGGGUCGACUUCAGAGUUUCUCGUACAACUUUUUUUUUUUCCUGGUCCAUUUCAGCGACAAGUGGAGAUAUGUUUAAGAAAACCAAGAGUAAAGUGCUGGUGGAUUACGCGUCAGAGGAGGACGACAUGUCCUGGCACUAUCAUCACUCCUAUAAGGACAAAGACAUACAAGGAGAGGAAGAGGAUGAGGAAGCCGUCACUGCAGUCUCCAAGGAGGCCAAAGUGAAGAAGAUCAUGUCCAAGAAAGACAGGAGGGAGAAGAAGAUGUUCUCAUCUAAAGAUGACGAGCGCUUCUUGCUGACUGGGGAGAAGCUGGCUGACCGCAAAGGGUCUCACAAGAAAAUGAAGGAUGAGGAGAAGGAGAAAGAGAAGAAGGACAAGCCAGAGAAGGCCAACUGCUUCUGGGAGAGUGUUACGAUGACGAUGAGGCAAAUCUCCCCUGCCAAAAAACUGGAGAAGAUAGAAGGUUGGGAACCACCACACUUGGAGAACUUUGCUGAGACUGCUCCUGAUGAAGCGCCGGUAGGCAAGAGCCAAAAUGGGGACGUGGCAGAGUCAUCCCCCAGCUCCCUGAGCAUCCCGGCGACGGCGUUAGAGCUCCCCUCCUGGUGUGGACGGGGUCAAGAGGAGGACUCCUCCCGCUACGCUAACCUGUUGGACUCCAAUGAUUCAACAGCUGCCGUCACGUGGACGGCCCGUGCUAAAGUCAAGCUGGCCGGCAUCAGCAGGAUGAGCAGAGGGAUUGUAUCAGAGAGUGCAAGUGUAUGGGAGGGGUUUAAAUAGCAGCACUUUAUACCUCUGUACUAUCAAUAAAUCUGACAAUCUGAACCAAAUAUUUCUUUCUAUCUAGCUCUGGACACAACCAAUGUUAAUGUCAACAUCAUGCUGACAUGUUGUAGUGAAUCAGAAUGUAAGACAAAGUAUUCUGACUGAAUUUGUGACUUUCAAAUCACAAAAACUACAACUGAACAAAGGAAAACCUUCAACUGCUGUACAUUUUUAUCUGCAAUACUCACUGGCAUGGCAAUUAGAUAAAUAAUGUUGCCAAGAAAUAAGAAAAGUGAUUUUUAUUUAAUCUUUGGGGCGUCACUGGUAGAGACUCAAUGAAGAAUAUCCUGCUGAAGACGUUUUUGUUGGCUCUCACUUCCUUCCUGUCUAUGCAGUCGCAGUAUGUGAGCAAUGAAUGUCUUAAGCCUUAACUUGUAUAUUAAUUAUGGGCUGUGCAAUCACGAAACAGCUUAUGACAUAGCAUUUACGUGUGAAAUACCCGUGUGUGUUUGAGAGUGACGGAAGAUGACUUUGUGGGAAGACAUCACGGCUCUGAGAUCUGAAUCUCUGCUGUUGUAUUGGGGCUGAUGCUGCACUUGUGCCAUAUCAGACUUAUAAUAAGGAUUUCUGAUCAACAUUCAUGUCAAAAUCUACAUUAAAACGGAGAAAACUACAUUUCCGGCAUGUAAUAAUUGAAAAGUGAUUAAAAACUCAAUGGAUUUUGUAAUAUGCUGACAAUACAUUGCAUUUUAAUCCGCAAAUGACCAACUUUGUGAUCAACUCACCAUCUUUAUGACAUGAACAUUUGUAAGAUCUCAUCUGUAGCAUCUAUCCCAUAUGAUGGCAAAGCAGCUCUGCUGGUGGUUUCAUGGAUGGAUGUUUUUAAAUCUGAUGCUGGAUAGUUGUAAUUUUGCUAAUGAUGGAAAAAGUAAAUGCCAAACUAGUACUAGGACCAUUUCUCAUGAGAAGCAGCUCUGUGCACUUGUGCCUUGUCAUUAAAAUGACAUCAUGUGUUUGCUGUAAACGACCAAUCCGCUGAGCUCAUUGAUGCACCUGUAUGUGCUCGACCACACUUCCUGUCUCCAGUUACAAACCAGUGUCUCGGGAUGCUAUAAGCUUCACCAGCAGGAGCAGCAGAAGUGUUUUUGUUUUUGUUAAUUCUUAAAUGCUGUGUGAUAUAUUAUGUAUAUUGGCUAUAACACAUACAAUGAAGAUUCUUUGUUUUUUUCCUAUGAUGAUUUUUGUUUUCGUGCUUUCCAUUGGUAUGUACUCAUCUUUUCUUCUUUUUAAAUGGGUUAUUUGUUUGAUACUGAAAUCUGCUUCAUCACAACCAGAGAUCUACACAUAUGCAGCUCCACUGGCCGGGAUGCCUGUGACUUGUAUUUAUUCACUAAAAGGCUGGGACUCAUUUUUCUCCAGAAUAAAGAUCUAGACUGACA